AAGGACUUAAGGACCUAAAAAAAAAAAAGUUGGUACUUUUACUCUUUUUGCAGAUUUGAAAAUCUGAAAUCUAAAAAUUCUGCAAAUGUGGAAGAGAAAAAAAUGAAAUCUUCAGAAAAUCAGAAGUGUCAAAUCCAAAAUUCCUAAAAUUCCAAAUUUUUUCCUGUGCGUACGAUAAUUUUUCUAUGUGUACGAUAAAUUACGGCCCUGUGUCGAUCAGACAAGCUAAAGUCUCUGGGAUCACUGUAUGCAGGCUAACAGUAGCACGUAAACGAAGUAACAAUACUAAUAAUUGUUAACGAGUGUUAUUUAGAAUAAGUUCCAUAUAUAUAUAUAUAGUGAUUGAUUAUAAUUAUUGUGGAAGUCAUUAUGGAGCCCCAAGAUAUUUAUUACAAUAUUGCUGAAUACGUCGAGACGGCAUCAGGAAAUAAAGUGAGUAGACAGACUGUUCUUUGUGGAUCGCAAAAUAUAGUGUUACAUGGGAAGGUAAUAGUGCAAUCAGAUGCCAUAAUCAGAGGGGAUUUAGCAAAUGUAAAGGUUGGUCGGUAUUGUAUUAUAAGCAAGAACGCUGUGAUACGACCACCUUUCAAAAAAUUUAGUAGGGGGGUAGCCUUCUUUCCGUUAACUAUGGGUGAUCAUGUAUUUGUCGGAGAAAGAGCUGUUGUCAAUGCUGCUCUUGUCGGUUCAUAUGUAUACAUUGGAAAAAAUGCAGUAAUAGGGAGACGUUCAAUAUUAAAGGAUUGUUGUUACAUUGAGGAUGAUGCAGUAGUACCACCAGAAACAAUAGUUCCAUCUUUUACUAGAUUUUCUGGAAGUCCUGCUGUAUGUAUAGAGGACUUACCUGAAUGUACUCUAGAUCUUAUGUUAGAUUUUACUAAGAAUUACUAUCAACACUUUUUACCAGCACGAAUGUAA